AUGUUCGCCGACAGCGCGCGGCACUCGCGAUGGAUGCAGGAGCAGCUUCAGCAGUCACGCGGAAGCUCGGAGUACGCGGAAGAGACGGCGGCGCCACGGAUGGUGCGCUCUCCCCACAGCACCGCGAACGCCAACCAACGUGGUUACGCCGUUGACGAAGACGAAAAUGGCAGUGCCGUGUCGGGCGCGGCAGAUGCGACGGCACCCACAGCGCUGUCGGCCACCGCAGAUGCCGACGUGUUGGAGCAAGAGUUGCUGGACGACAACUUCCUGUACUACCCGCCGCUGACAGUCAUCGGCGAAGCGGGAGCUGCUGAGGCGACGCACGCUCUCCCGGGUGGCGAACCGGAGAGGUACGUCCCUGGCCAGCAGGUCAUUCCGCCCGGCAUGACGCGCUACCGGGUCGAUGUGCAGUAUCAAGGCAGUGAUUUUGACGGGUGGUACAAGUCUGUGCAACGGACGAGAAACGGCAAGAAUGGUGCAUCAGCUGGCAGCACCGCUACUGCUGCGGCAGACUACGGCGCCGGCUCUCGCCACUUCGCCAAGGUCGUGCUGGAGGAGGCGCUAGCUGUCGCGCUGGACGUGCCGACGGUGAGCAUCGUUGCCGCUGUCAUUCCAGAGACGGGCGUGUCGGUGCGCCGCCUGACGUGCCAUGUAGACGUGCCGAGCGAGGUGGAGCUGCAACCACGCACCAUCCUGCAGCGCACGACACUGUGGCUGCAUCAGCGUCGACAGCCGCUUGCCGUUCUCAGCUGUCACCCAUGCCGUAACCAGGAUUUCCAUGCCCGACACAACGGAGUGCGGCGGGUGUACUGCUACCGCAUUCUAAACCGCAUUGCACCUCCCCUGUUUGACGCAGGGUUGCAGUGGCACGUGGACCGCUACCUCGAUGUCCCGCGCAUGCAGCGCAUGGCACGUCUCAUGGAAGGGACACACGAUUACGGCUUCUUUGCUGACAGCAAGAUGGCGAACGCAUUGCGGCGCGCUGCUGCCUCUUCUACCGGAAGCGGUCGAGGGGGGCCGGUGGUGUCUUCGGCGUACAGCGCGGAGCAUGAGCCACUAACUAGCCACGGCCUGAGGCGUGGCGAGGCGCCAGCGGCGCCGAAGGUGACGGUCGAGCGCGGUCUUUCUCAGCUCGAGCGCGCUGCGGCCUUGCCGACCUUCAACGAGUACGGCCAGCGCGUCAUCACGUACCAAGCGAAGCCGCACGAGUACCACAAAGCCCGCACAAACCUCCCGACCAUCCGCACACUCGACAAGAUUGAAGUGGUGCGGCAGGAGGACGAGAUUCUCAUCUGGUUUGUCGGUCAGUCCUUCCUGCGCCAUCAGAUCCGCAACAUGGUGAGCGUGCUCAAAGCAGGCGGGCACGGCCUCUGGGACGAUCAGGAGCUCCAGCACGCCUUUCAGAGCGGCUUCGAGGUAUCGCGCAAGAAGUUCAAGCGCGAGCGCCUAUCUCCAGCACCUGUUCAUGGCCUCACGCUGUGGGACGUCGAGUACCCCGCGCAGCACCGGUCAGACUUUGUACCCUACGUAGAUGCGGGACCUUACGAGCCCGUGGACGUCUCGACGCAGCACUAG